UUCCAGUUCGCGGUCCCCGCCGCCUGUUCGGGGCAGAGGAGUCUCUGAUAGUUGGCGUGGACUGGAGGCGGUAGGCGGACUCGCGGGAAACGCCGCCCCGGGGGAGCCCACGUGCUGGGCGCGGGCGGUUGAAACGGUUCCCCGGCGCGCGGCAGGGAAAAAAAGUGCCAACCUGCAUCAGCAGAGAGAGUUUUCUCACCCAGUAGUUCCAAAGGCCAAGGAGCAAGGAACAGAAAUGGAAGCAGUGGCUGGAGGGCUUAUAUUGAGGGACUGAGUGAAGUCCCUGGCCAGUUGAUUGUGGACAGCAGCAUAACUCCUGGCCACUUGUUCUCCUUCCUGAAGGCUGAUAGAACGUUCCUUUCAAGUAGUCCUUCCCCCACAGGUUCACAAAACUUCAGUUCCAGCAUUUUCAUCUAUUUUGGGUAGAGCAAAACAGCAUUUACUAAAAUGGUAUUUUUUACAUGCAAUGCAUGUGGAGAAUCAGUGAAGAAAGGACAAGUGGAAAAACAUGUGAACAUUUGCAGAAACUGUCAAUGCCUUUCUUGCAUUGACUGUGGCAAAGAUUUCUGGGGUGAUGAAUACAAAAAACAUGUGAAAUGCAUCAGUGAAGAUCAGAAAUAUGGGGGCAAAGGAUAUGAGGUCAAAACCAACAAAGGAGAUGUUAAACAGCAAGAAUGGAUUCAGAAGAUUCAUGAAGUAAUGAAGAAACCCACUAUUAGCCCCAAAUUGCGAGAGAUUUUAGAAAAAGUUAGUGGUUUUGAUAACAUUCCACGAAAAAAGGCCAAAUUUCAGAAUUGGAUGAAGAACAGUUUAAAAAUUUAUAAUGACUCUCUUCAGGAACAGGUGUGGGAUAUCUUUUCUGAAGCUACCAGCAAUGGACCAAAUACAAAAGAGCAAGAGAAACAGCCCCUCAACCAAGUAGAGAAUCAACAUGCAGAAAACAAAGUUAAGACAAUACCCACUGAAGUCAGUGAAAGAACAGUUGGACAACCAGAGGCAAAGAAGAACAAAAGAGAACGCAAAGAAGAAAGACAGAAGAACAGGAAAAAAGAAAAGAAAGAACUGAAGUUAGAAAACCAUCAGGAAAAUUCAAGUGAUCAUAAAUCCAAAAAGCGUAAGAGGAGCCAGGUAGAAGAACUUGAUGCCAACAAGGAAGAAAAGUCAGAAAUUAGCAACACAGAAAAAAAGAAAAAUAAGAAGAAAAAACCCAAGAAAGAAUGUGCAGCAGAAUCUGAAGUGAAUGGAAAUGGAAAUCAUGUUGAAAUGAUGACAGAGGAAGAGACGAAAGCACCUGCAGAAAAAAGGAAACGUAAGCAUGCAGAAGAAGAAGUUGAUUCUAAGAAGAAAAAAAUGAAACAUACAGAAGAUACUAACGUAGAGACUGAAGAGAGUGAAACACCUAUAAAAGGAAAAUUCAACUGGAAAGGAACUAUCAAAGCAGUUCUGAAACAGGCCCCCGACAAUGAAAUAUCAAUUAAAAAAUUAAGGAAAAAGGUUUUAGCUCAAUACUUUGCAGUGACUAAUGAACACCACAAAUCUGAAGAGGAGCUGCUAGUCAUCUUUAACAAGAAGAUCAGUAAGAACCCCAGCUUUAAGCUCUUAAAGGAGAAAGUAAAACUUUUGAAAUGAACAUUUUCCUAUUUUGUUAAAAAUACGCACUAUUCCUGACUUCUACCAUCCAUCACUAUUUGUAAAACAGUUAGAAAAUUUGACAGCCACUGAGAUUUUGUGUUGUUGUUGUUGUUUUUUAAAUGUUAAGGAAAAUGUAUAUUUUUGGUAGAGCUUUUAACUGAAAAUAAAGAUAACUGCUGCCCAUUCUUCUAAAAUUUUGGUAUAAAAAUUACUGGAGCUGAGAAAAUAUGAAUUUUUUAAUAGGAUAUACUGAUAUCUUGGCAACAGUUAAACAGUAACAUUAAUGUGUCAUUCCUCGUAUGGUGAGUCAGGAAUUUUAAUUAAAUUGAAAUACAUUUUAAUGUUUUCACUUCUAAGUAUUUUUAACCUUGAAAGAAUUCUAUGUAAAUUUGGUUGGAUUUUUGUUUUAUUUUUUCCCAUAUGUGUGUGAAGGAAUUACAGAAUUUUAUCUAGGAGUGAUGAUAAUAUUCUCUCUUAUGUAUAUUUGAAGAGAUGUCUAAUCACCAUCAGUAGGACAUCUUUAGCAAUUAUUUCCAUCAGUGUUGGUGGAUAUGUGUUCGCCUUUUUAUGCACUCUUCAUCCACUUUCUGACCAAGGGCACAGAUUUAAGAGAUGAUCAGAUUAAGUUAGAUGUGAAGAUUAAUGUCCCAUUUAGGACUGAUUCCCUAACCUUUAACUCAUUGCUCAGAGCUAACAUGACAAGACUUAUUUCACUCCUUAGAGGGAGGGGAUAGUGACACUCUGUUAUUGGAGGUUAUGGUUAUGUGGUUAACAACACCCACUUUUAAAAUACCAAUACUUCAAAAAGAGAUUCUAUUUUAAACUGUUCAUCAGUUGACUUAUUAGUAAAUGGCUGGUUAGUUAACAGCCAGUCAGAACAAAAAUGGGGUAUUAGGUUGAUGUGUUAGGUAAAAGGGAGAAAGAGUACUGGUAACAAGGUUUGGAAAGAUCAAGAGUGGAAGCUUAUUGCCAUAGUAAUAUAUGUAGGCAUACUUUUAUUUGCAUAAUCUGUAACUAGAGAGUUAUGAAGGUUAAGAUUUAUAUUAUACAUAUAUUGAGACACAUUUUUAAAAGAAAUAACUAUUUGAUUACUAGAGUCUUUGGGGUUUUUCCUCCCUUCAGAUUUUUUAUAUACUCAAGUAUUCUUCUCCUGAAGUUGUAUAUUUUUUACUUAUUUUGGGCCUGAACUGGAAGAGUUGUCAAGGCCAGAUCAAUAACAGGUGCUUUUUGUCUAUAACUUAAAAUUGAACAGAACCCCAGAAGAGGUUUCUUGGCAAAAUGUGGGUAACAUCAUUCUGAACUUGAGGUAUUUCCUAAAGGGGAAAAUGUCCCAAAGCUACUAGUAUGGGGAAAAGAAUUUUCUAUUCUAGGCAGGAUAAGGAUAUUUCUCAGGGUUGGGAGGAUUGCUCAGCUGCUGGAAAGAAUUGAAUCUUAGGAUAGGGUAAAAAUUUUUUCCCCUCUACAUUAGAAAUAUUGAGUAGUAGGGUUUUUUUUUUUUAACUUCAAUACCCAGGAGGCUGGGAUAUGAUGGUUGGGUGGUUCUGAAAAGACAAUACUUCUUAGGAAGAUUUUGGGUUUCGUUUAAGACCCUCCUCUGACAUAAUUAUGGUUAUGUGAUCCUAGGCAAAUUCCUUAAGAAAACACAAGUUUGUAAAAACAACCUAGUUUGGUCUGGUUCUAUAAACUUAUAAAACAUGGGUUCUUUUGGCUUAUUACAGUAAAAAAAAAAAUGCUUAUUUCUAAAAAAACUAUAGACUUUUGAGCUUGUGUUCACUCUUUGUGAAAUAGAAAUAUUCAACCCUUCCCUUUCCUGUGGUUGUUAGGAAGGAAUAAUAAAAACUGAGAUGGCAUGAAA